AUGGUGACCGGAUAUAAAAUGCCUCCCUUAAUUACUACAUCAAAAAUGCUAAAAGUAUCUACAAAAAAUGUUACCGGAUUUCCAAAGACUGUUAAUGCUGCAAAGUCUUUGAAUCUUAUCAACAUUGGCACUGCUCCUACUACUAUAAUAGAUCUAACAGGAAAUGAUGAUGGAAUUGAAGAAUCAAAUAUAAUCAAUUUGGAGGAUUCAAUUCCACCUAUCAAAAUUGCUCGGCGAAUUCCAGUGUCGCUUUUACCAGCGGAGACAUUGGUGCGCUUUCCUCGACGAACAAUUGUUUUAAAUAAAGAUACCAUAAAUACAAGUCCAAAAUCCAAAAAUCUUAAACCAAUUUUAAUUGAAGAUUCUGACAAUAGUUCUGAUAUUUCAUUAUCUGAUUUAAAUGAUUUACGUGAAGAUAUCAGUAGUAUUAUAAGUGGAGCAAAGUCAAUUACCGAAGAGAGUUUUCCAUCGUUAUUAAAAUUGUUUAGUAGUAAAGAAUCGACUUAUGAGCAAUUUUACAGCAUGUGUACACAGAAAAUUAUUGGAAUGAUGACAGAAAAGUCAUUCUGGGGUAAUGACCGUUCAGAACUUCAGUUGUUGAAGAAAAGAGUAAAACUCUGGCAGUCAAAAUAUUCAUUACUAGAUAGAGAAUUUAAAGAAAUGAAACUUAUUGUUAAUGUUCAUAAUCAAGAGUUAAAAAGCAAUGAAUAUGCUAGACCACAUCUAGUUACAAGGACUGUUGGUUUACAAGCAAAAUUAUGUCCAAGAAAGGAAGGUAGUAUGAAGUUACUAAAACAAGCGAUUCCUUUGCCAAGACCUGAUCCAGUAAGUUUUAUUGUGGAAGAUGAUGAUGAUGAUGUAGUUGAAUUAGAAUUUGAAACAAAAAUGCCUCCCUUAAUUACUACAUCAAAAAUGCUAAAAGUAUCUACAAAAAAUGUUACCGGAUCUCCAAAGACUGUUAAUGCUGCAAAGUCUUUGAAUCUUAUCAACAUUGGCACUGCUCCUACUACUAUAAUAGAUCUAACAGGAAAUGAUGAUGGAAUUGAAGAAUCAAAUAUAAUCAAUUUGGAGGAUUCAAUUCCACCUAUCAAAAUUGCUCGGCGAAUUCCAGUGUCGCUUUUACCAGCGGAGACAUUGGUGCGCUUUCCUCGACGAACAAUUGUUUUAAAUAAAGAUACCAUAAAUACAAGUCCAAAAUCCAAAAAUCUUAAAUCAAUUUUAAUUGAAGUGUCACGUGUUGAUCCUGUACUAGUUCAGCCUUGUACUGUUACUUAUACUGCACAUCGUGUUCCAGUAUCUAGAACAUUACAACCAAUGUCAACAGCCUCUUAUGCACCACGCAAUAUAACAAUAUCUCAACUCUAUGCAUCAUUAAGAACAUUAACUCCAAGUUAUACAACACGCCAAAUACCAGCAUCUCGUAUAUCUGGAUCAAUGUCUGGCAUUGCGUUGCCACAGGCAUCUCCUGGAAAAUCUUAUACUACAUGCCAAGUACCAUUAUUAUUACGUUCAAUACAUCAUACAGGAUCUCAAUCGACAAGAAAACCGCCACCUCUUGCGAUACCACUCUUAGGACAUCCUUCUCCAGUACCUGGAAUUCCAAACCAAAAGAGUCUUUCUGCAUGGAAAAGAUUACCUCCCGCACCUAAUUUGACCAUUUCAAAAUCAUCAGAAGUGCAAAAUAUGCCUCAAGCAUUAGUGCUCUCGUGGACUAUGAAUGUUAAUAGAACAAUUGCAGAAGUAAUAAGUUAUCAGAUAUAUGCUUAUCAAGAAACCCCUGAUCAACCACCUAGCAUUGACCUAUGGAAGAAAAUUGGCGAUGUAAAUGCUCUUCCUCUACCAAUGGCUUGCUCACUUACUCAUUUUUCAAAUGGUCAAAAAUAUCAUUUUUUAGUAAGAGCUGUUGAUGUUUACACUCGUGUUGGGCCAUUUAGCACACCGAAAAGUAUAUUAUAAAUGAAUUUACAUGUUUGA